CCUCAGCACAAUUUCUUUAUCACCAGAUUUCCCCCUCUGCUGUGUUCUAAUCUGUUAUCUUUGUUUAUUUUCGGUUAAAGUGAAUGCAUGGUAUUGUCACUGGAUUUGAACAUCUCCCCCUGUUCUCUGCUGUUCUCUCAGUCGCCGCGAUUCUAAUAACUAUACAUGUGUCCUUCGCGAUGGAUGUUGAGCCAUGCAGAAAGAGAAUCUUGAAACAGAACUCAUACUUGUGUCAUUGUCUACUAAUCAUUUCAAUUUUCCGCGCUCUGCGUUGCAUGCCCCCUUGUUUUCUUUCCAUGUCUGAUAGGCAUCGACAAUAGUUGUUGACUGUGCGAAGCAAGAAAUUCAUAGGUAGAAAGAACCAACUCCACAUUGCACUUCCGUGG